AUGGCACCAAAGUCCAAGACAAUUUCGAGGCAAGAUAGAAAACUAAAACGUGAAAAAGAGGAAGCACUCUUGAAAGAAUUAAAGGAGAAAAUCCAGAGUUUGACGCCAGAUGAAUACAAAACGUUGAGCAACUUCAAUGAACUACCGCUUUCAAAAGAAUUGGUAAAAGGGUUGGACAAGUCAGGAUUUGUGAAGCUAACUGAGAUUCAGAAAUUGGCUAUCCCUGAGUGCCUGAAAGGUAAAGAUAUACUAGCGGCUGCUAAAACAGGUUCCGGUAAAACGCUAUCAUUUCUUGUACCAGUUGUUCAGCAAUUACUUUUUGAAAAAUGGAGUGAUAUGGAUGGUUUAGGGGCAUUGAUAAUUACUCCUACAAGAGAGUUGGCUGUCCAAAUCUAUGAAGUUUUAUUGAAAAUUGGUAAAUUUACACAGCUAAGUGCAGGUUUAGUUAUUGGUGGUAAAGACUACUCUUUCGAAAAAGAACGUGUUGGUCGUGUUAACAUUUUAAUUGGUACUCCCGGCAGACUAUUACAACACAUGGAUGAGAGUGCAACGUUGCAAAUUAAUAACUUACAGAUGUUGGUUCUGGACGAAGCUGAUAGGAUUUUAGAUAUGGGAUUCAAGAAAACAAUAGAUGCAAUUUUAGGCCAGCUGCCUGCUAGCAGACAGACUCUGUUGUUCUCGGCUACACAGACGAAGAGUGUUUCCGAUUUAGCAAGGCUUUCGAUGGUGGACCCACAAUAUAUCAAUGCAAACAAGGGAGCAAAUGGUAGAAGCGGCGACGAACUCUCAUUACCUGAAACACUAGAACAAAGUUACGUUAUUGUCCCGUUACAUGAAAAAAUAUCCUUGUUAUGGAGUUUUAUAAAAUCGCAUUUGCAGUCAAAACUUUUAGUUUUCAUGAGUUCAUCAAAACAGGUUCAUUUCAUCUAUGAGAUUUUGAGAAAAUUACAACCUGGUAUGCCUUUGAUGAAGCUACAUGGUCGCCAGAAGCAAAAGGCAAGACUGGAAACAUCAGUCAAAUUCACUCAAAGUAAAAAUUGCUGUUUAUUUGCCACUGAUGUUGUUGCUCGUGGAUUGGAUUUUCCUGCAAUUGACUGGGUUAUCCAGUUGGAUUGUCCAGAAGAUGUUGCUACUUAUGUUCAUAGAGUAGGUAGGUGUGCUCGUUUUGGUCGUGUAGGAAAAUCCAUGCUUAUGUUAGCUCCGAGUGAAGAAGAAGGGUUUGUAGCGCAACUUGAAAGCAAGAAGAUUGCUGUUAAAAAGAUGAAUAUUAAGGGCUCGAAGAAGAAGAAUAUUCAACCUCAGAUCCAAAGUUUAUGUUUUAACAAUGCCGAACUCAAAUAUCUUGGCCAAAAAGCAUUUAUUUCAUAUUGCAAGAGUGUUAUUAUUCAAAAGAAUAAAUCGGUGUUUAAAAUUGAGGAGUUGCCUUUAGAUUUAUUUGCAGCGAGUUUAGGAUUGCCGGGAAUGCCAAAGCUUAAAAUCCCGAAAAAAGCAUCUACCGAGUUGUCAGAUGAAGCACGCUUAAAGCUCAAAGAGAAAAAGAAUGAAAACAGGAAACUCAAAUUGCUUGAGAAGACAAAUGAAAAUGGUGAAUUAGAAGAUGACCAAAAGAAGGUUAGAACAAAGUAUGAUAAGAUGUUUGAAAGAAAAAAUCAAAAUGUCUUGAGUGACCAUUAUAUGAAACUCAAUGCUGAGCUAAACGCUGAUGAUUCUGGAGAUGAAGAUGAUGACUUUUUAAAAGUUAAACGUACCGAUGCUGACGUGAAAACAGAGGAAUUGCCGGAGCUAGAUGUUAACACGUCCAAGAGAGCAAUGAAGAAAGCGUUAUCUAGAAAGCUAACGGCUAUGAAGAGUGGUAAAGGCUCAAAGUUAGUUUUUGAUGAUGAUGGAGAGGCACAUCCUGUUUACGAGUUGGACGAUGAAGGAACCUUCUUGAAGGAAGGACCAGAGAAAGUUAAAGAGGAGUUCUUAUCCUCAGAAAAACAAAAAAUGACUGUUGAAGAUGUGGUAGAUAAAGGUAUUGCCAAGGAGAAACGUACAGAGAAAAAACGUAAGAGAAAGGAACAAGAGAGACUAAUGAAUGGUGAAUAUGACAGCGAAGAAGAUGGCCAAUUUAUUGCAACACUCGGCACUCCCGCAAGUAGUGAUAAUGAGAAUGUACCGGAUCUUGAUGAAGAUUUGGAAUCAAGUGACGAGGAUAACGGAGAACGUGAAACCAAGAAACAAAGGAAAUGGUUUGAAUCUAAUAAUUACAAAGGCAAAGAAGAUAUUAACAACGAUGUUGUCGAGUACGAACAGCCUGAAACCAUUGAUGAUUUGGAAGCCUUGACCUUGAAAUUAAUGGAAUAG